AUGCAGUCCUCUGGGUGGUUGCUGAUAUUAGUAUCCAUUCUAUCCCUGGUGGCUGCCGAUUUAUUCACGUCGAUUGCCGACCUUCAAGGACUCUUAGAAACAGAAAAGAAUGUCCCUGAAGCCCUCUUCAAAUACAUCAAACAGGAAGAAGAGCGCCUGGAGCACCUUAGAGAGUUAAUGAAAGACUAUGUAUCGCGGAAUAAUGAGAAUAUGGUGAGCGGGACGGCUGACUUGGCCAACCCGAUCAAUGCUUUCUUACUGAUUAAAAAGAAGAUUUUUGAUUGGAAGAAAAUCGAGAACGAAAUGGUGAACAAUGGUGCGGAAGAAUUCAUUCAAUCGGUUUCGGACGCCAGCUAUGGAAUCCGAUACCCCACAACUGAAGACUACACCGGGGCAGCCAUUGGACUGCUUCGUCUCCAGGACACUUAUAGACUUGAUACUCGACAGUUGGCUGAUGGAAAGAUUCAGACCCUACAAGGAAAUCAUUCUCUUACUGCUUUUGACUGCUUUGAAAUUGCUCGUGCUGCCUACAACGUCGAAGAUUUCUAUCAUGUCAUUCUAUGGAUGGAGGAGGCACAUCGCCGCAAUCAGCUGGAAAACCCGCCAACUGCUGACGAGGCAGAUAUCCUCGAGUAUCUGUCAUUCGCCAUGUACAAGCAGGGAAAUCUGAAACAUGCCCUAAAGCUGGUCGAGGAUUUGCACAAGAAACAGCCAAAUCACCCUCGUGCCAAGGGAAAUAUCAAGUGGUAUGAGGAUCUGCUUGCGGAGGAAGGUGUGAGGAGGAGCGACAUGAGGAAGAACCUUGGAACCCCCGUGAAUCGACGACCAUCUGAUGGCAUGGGAACUACCGAACGUAAUAUGUACGAGGCAUUGUGUCGCAAGGAAAUCCCAGUCAGCCCUAAGGAAGUGUCAAAGCUUUACUGCUAUUACAAGAUGGAUCGCCCAUUCCUGCGGCUAGCACCAUUCAAGGUUGAAAUUGUUCGCUUCAACCCGUUGGCUGUCGUGUUCCGUGGUGUAUUGCUUGAUGAAGAAAUCGCAGCAAUCCAAUCGUACGCUCGACCCAAGCUAGCCCGUGCUACCGUCCAGAACUCCGUCACUGGCCAACUGGAAACCGCCAGCUACCGUAUCUCAAAGAGUGCCUGGCUGCGAGGUGAGGAAUAUCCAAUCGUCGAGCGGGUCAACAACCGCUUGGAGCUGAUGACCAAUUUGGACAUGGAUACUGCUGAAGAACUACAGAUCGCCAACUACGGAAUUGGAGGUCAUUACGAUCCUCAUUUCGAUCACGCCAGGAAGGAGGAAAAGAAAGCCUUUGAAAGCCUCGGCACUGGAAACCGUAUCGCUACCGUACUCUUUUAUAUGUCCCAACCGUCGCUAGGUGGUGCUACAGUGUUUACUGAAGUGAAAUCUACCAUGUUCCCUUCAAAAAAUGAUGCCCUAUUCUGGUAUAACCUUCAUAGAAACGGUGAAGGAGAUGAUCGUACCCGUCACGCAGCUUGCCCUGUACUCGUUGGAGUCAAGUGGGUCUCCAACAAAUGGAUUCAUGAAGCUGCCCAAGAAUUCCGUCGCCCUUGCGGACUUCGUUUAAGUGAAGCUGAAAGGUAUGUCGGAGAUCUUGGAGGACCGGAACCUCGCUUCGUACCGAACAUCAAAUCCACCCCCUGGACCUACAAGCCAAAGAAGACCAGAAAA